CGAACUUCGAGCGAUUACUCCGUUACCGUGGUGACGCAAUACGAGGGUCACCAAGGGCAACCGAUCACGGCGACCGCGCGCACCGGAGACCUAUCGGUGCAGACACGCCUAAGGGUGCUCGACGAAGGCCUCUACUCGCUGAGGGUGACGUGGGACCCUCCCGCGUCUCCCGUGCAGGGAUAUCGCCUGACGAACUCGCCGCGCGACUCGCGGUUGGGACCCCCGCAAGAGAUGAAGCUGGCGCCUGGAGCGACGUCCCACCUGCUGGACGAUCUUCGGCCGGACACGGAAUACGUGGUCUCCUUGUAUGCGCUCGCCACGUCGGGCAACCCCGAGGGAGCGCUCACGGCAUCCGGCAGGACCCUGAGGCUGGAGGGCGUGAGGCGGCUGCUGCUGCAGAACGUGACGACCAACUCGAUGAGGGCCUUGUGGGAGCCGCUGCGGGGGGCCACCGGGUACCGGCUCACCUGGGGAGCCACCGAGGGAGGGGAUAGGCAGAGCGUGACCGUCGAUGGCUCCUACUCCACCUUCCUCUUGCCGGGCAUGAGCACCGGCAGUGAAUACCAAGUGUCCAUCAACCCCGUGUACGGCAGCGUGGAGGGGCCCGUGGUGACGGCGAGCGCAACCACGCUGUCGUCAGGCGUGGUGCAGGACCUGCGCGUAACCAGAGUCACCUCGAGCUCUCUGCGCCUGGCGUGGACGUCUCUGCCCGGUGCCACGGGCUACAGCCUCAUUUGGGGGCCCACCAACGGAGGCCAGGCUGGCCGGCGCCGCUCCCAGCAAGUGGUACUGCCCGGCACGGCCUCCAGCCACGAGCUGCUGGGCCUCUCUCGCGACACGGAGUACGUGCUCACCCUGCAUGCCACCUUUGGCGAGACCCAAGGGCCCGGCUCCCCCACCACGGCCCGCACCGUCACCGCGGAUGAUGCGGAGGCGUCGCUCCCGCUGUCGGUGUCGGACCUGCGCGUGUUGGAGGUGAAGAGAAGCAGCGUUCGCAUUGGGUGGAGCGGCGUCUCACGAGCCACGGGCUACCGGAUCACGUGGGGCCCGGCCUCCGGCGGAGCGGAGCUGGUGCGCAUGGUGCGCCCCAAGGUCACGUCGUACGCCAUCGACGGCCUACAGGAGGCGACCGCGUACACCGUCGGGGUGACGGCAAUGGCGGGCCGGAGGGAGGGCGCUUUGGUCACCAUCACCGUCACCACAGGUACAGGUGAACGCCUGGAUGUGCCGUCGCAAGGAUCAGACGUUGGUUCAGUUCGGAACCUCCGGAUUGUGGACAGCGGGAGCCAGCAUUUGCGAGUGAGCUGGACCAGACUGGCCCAGGCUUCUGGCUACAGGCUCAGCUGGAGAAUUACAGACGGGGGCCCCGAGUCGAGCCGCACGCUGCGCCCGGACGCGACGACGUUCGUGGUCGACGGGCUGCAGCAGGGCACGACCUACACGCUCUCGCUGGUGGCGCUCGCCGGAGGCAGGGAGGGGGCGGCAGCGACGCUGAUUGCGAGGACGCAUGGAGGCGGCGUGGAGGCUGGUGGCGAUGCGGAGUUUCUGGCGGUACAAGGGUUUCGGGUGUCCGACGCGUCAGCCGGAGUUCUGACGCUCACAUGGCAACCUCAGCGGCGAGCCUCUCAGUACCUCCUCACCUGGGCUUCAGAUGCCGGCGAGCAGUUCAGCACGUCUCUUGAGCCCAGCGUGACCAUGCACAAGGUGACGGGCCUUCUGGGCGGCCGCGUCUACACGUUCACCAUCCUACCCAUGUUCCCCAACGGGCAUGGUCUCCCCUCCACGCUCACCCAGCACACAGAAGGUUUCCAGGUCGUCGUUGGGCCCCCUGUAUUUGAAGACGCCGAGUCAGGUUUUUGGGAGGCGUGCCUCGGCCUGCAGGCCGACGUCGUCUUGCUCGUCGACGGAUCGGCCGCGGUCGGCGUCGGCAACUUUGAGCGCGUCAGGGAGUUCCUCGCCCGGAUGGUGUCGCUCUUCCCGAGGAUCGGCCCCAACGGCACGCAGGUCGCCGUGGCGCAGUUCAGCGACGACGUGACCGUGGAGUUCAACCUCAACGAGUACCGCGACAGGGGCCUGCUGGACCAGGCCAUCCGCGCGCUGCUUCACUCCGGCGGACCCGGCGUGCGCGCUGGCCGGGCGAUCGACUUCGCCAUACGGAACAUGUUUUCUCCACUGGCCGGCAUGCGCUCUCUCGUUCCCCGCAUCCUCGUUCUCGUGAUGGGUACUCCUUCACAGGACGACCCCUCGGGUCCCGUGAGGAACGCGGCGUCAGCCGGUGUGACAUUGUACCCCGUGGGCGUGGGACGCGUGGACGCAUCCCAACUCCGGAUCUACGUCCCGGACUCGCGUGUGGGCUUCACCGCACGCUCCUACGAUGAGCUCACAGCCGUGGAGGCCGCCCUCGUAGAGGCGAUCUGUGCCAGCGGGGGAGGGAACGGUGGCACUGGUGGAGGCCCUGUGGUUUACCCAGAUCCUCCAUCGGGCUGUCCUGCCCAAUGUCCAAGGGGAGAGAAAGGAGAAAUGGGCAGAAGAGGGAGGCCUGGUCAAGUAGGCUCCAGAGGAGAUCCGGGUCCUCAGGGUUUUCCUGGGAGCGGAGGCGAUGGAGGAAUCGUUUUAAAGGGACAGAAAGGAGAACAGGGUUUGGCAGGCCAGGAUGGGUUGCCAGGACAACCAGGGCGUUCGGGCAACCCUGGGCAAAGUGGACCUCAAGGACCCCCGGGGGCGACUGGUCCUCCAGGGACACCAGGAGAACCUGGGCGCCAAAGUCCACCCGGUUUGCCAGGGAUAAAAGGAGAAAAGGGUGAGCCGGGGGUCGUGGUGGAUGGCUCGGGAGGAGUAAUUGGCCGCAAAGGGGAGCCCGGCUCUCCGGGAAUUCCCGGGAAUUCGGGCCCCCAGGGAUUCCGUGGGGAACCUGGCCCCCCCGGACCUCAAGGGCCCCCCGGAGAAUCGGGCCUCUCUGGCAAGGGUGACAAAGGAGACAAAGGAGAGAGGGGACCACCCGGGUACGGCGGCGGCGGCGGCGAUGGCGAAGCCACUAAAGGCAGUCCGGGCCUCCCUGGAUCACCGGGCCCAACUGGACCCAGAGGAGAACCAGGACCACCAGGACUCAAAGGAGAAAAGGGUGGACCAGGCCUUGGUCUCCCUGGCCUCACUGGCCUCCCUGGCACAGACGGACAGACGGGUCCAAGGGGCCCUGCCGGUACUCCAGGCAUUAAGGGGGAUUCCGGUUCACCAGGAAACCCUGGGCCUCAAGGGGACAGAGGGGACAGAGGUCCGUCUGGUCCUCUCGGGCCAAAGGGAGAAUCGGGGAUUCCAGGACCUCAAGGACCCCAAGGACUUGCAGGUCUGCCAGGCCCUGCUGGUCCUCGUGGUGAAAAAGGAUCGUUGGGCUUCCCUGGAGAACCUGGCCCAACGAUAGCUGGGCUACCCGGUGCCAGAGGGGAGAAGGGUGACAUUGGUUUUCCCGGACCCCUGGGUCCCAAAGGGGAGAAAGGUGAAGCGGGAGAGAGGGGAGAAAAGGGCGUAACGGGGUUUGGUGUCCCUGGUCAGCCUGGGUCAAAGGGAGAGAACGGAGAGAGGGGUAACGUUGGACUGUCUGGCAGGCCAGGUGACAAGGGAGAUCCUGGCGCGAAGGGAGACAAAGGCGAGACCGGGCGACUGGGAAAUCCGGGGCAGAUUGGCAUGCGGGGAAAAGAGGGCGAAAAGGGAGAAGCAGGAGCGCUUGGACCCAAGGGUGACAUGGGACAGCCUGGGGCAGCGGGGAUCCGUGGAUUGCGGGGGCCAGCCGGCGUCAACGGACACAUCGGGGACAAGGGAGACAAGGGAGAGCCAGGUCCGGCGGGGAGCGACGGAACUUCAGGAGUAAAUGGAUCUAAGGGCAGUAAAGGGGACAUGGGCGAGCAAGGCGUGCCGGGUCCUCCUGGGAAAGUUAUUGAGGUUGAAAAGACCCUCGCGGGAGAUAAAGGCGACAAGGGGGAGCACGGGGACCCCGGAGAAAGUGGAAUAAAUGGCCAGAAGGGAGACAGAGGACCCAUAGGCCUUCCCGGGGACCGGGGACCAGAAGGUGUAGCUGGGCCUCCUGGAGUCAGGGGUGACCCGGGGGAGCGAGGAACUCAAGGCGAGAAGGGAGAGAGGGGGCAACCGGGUCUUGAUGGAAAGGAUGGCCUUGAUGGAAAAGAUGGCCCGCCUGGACCUUCAGGACCCCGAGGAGAUCCGGGCAAGCUGGGCGACCCCGGGAGAGAUGGGUUGCCUGGCCUGCGAGGAGAACCUGGAAUUCCUGGAGCAGUGGGGCCACCGGGAACUCCGGGAAUCAACGGGAAAGCGGGAGAAGAUGGAAAACCCGGUGAACCUGGAAAAGAUGGUGCUGAAGGGAGCCCCGGUGAAGAUGGGAAAAAGGGGGACAAGGGGGAGACCGGCACGCCGGGGCGAGAUGGCAGGGAUGGCUCCAAAGGUGAACGGGGAGAGGUGGGAUCCCCAGGAACUCAAGGAAUCCCGGGUUUCACUGGACCAGCAGGACCCCCAGGGCAGGUUCUUAUGGUGAAGGGAGACUACACUCAGACGCAAGGCUUGCCAGGGUCUGCAGGCGUCCCGGGCAUUCCGGGUGUUCCCGGUCCAAUGGGUCCACAGGGUGAUAAAGGAGACGCUGGAGAGAGGGGAGAAAAGGGUGUGCCAGGACUUGACGGAAAGCCUGGCAUGCAAGCCGAAAUGGAGGACCUGGAGUCAUUUUUCCUCUCCUACGGGAUUGGCAUGAAGUCUUUGAAGGAGACCCUGGAAAGGGGCGUCAUCGAUACAGGGGAUAAACGCCCAGGAGAUGUGGGCCCCCGUGGGGAAAAGGGCGACCGAGGGGAGCGAGGGGAACUGGGGCUUCGUGGCCCUCCGGGUCCAGAGGGCCCAGUGGGUUUGCCCGGGGAGCGUGGCUUGAAGGGCAGCCGUGGGGAAGGAGGUUUACCAGGACCCCCCGGGCCUCCCGGCUCCGUGCUCACGGAGCAAGGGCCCCAGGGCCCGGCCGGGUUUCCUGGAGAACCGGGAAAACCGGGCACGUAUGGCGCUCCGGGAAAUCCCGGCUUUCCGGGAGAAAAGGGAAACCCAGGCAGCAAGGGAGAAGCCGGUGAUAGAGGAGAGCGAGGAGACAUGGGGAGAUCUGGUCCAGAAGGAGCCUCUGGUCCACCUGGGCCUCCCGGUCCUCCAGGAAUACCGGCACCGGAAGGCUCUGGGUUGCUCCCAUACCCAGGGGAGAGUGGAUUCAUGGGUCCUCAAGGACCAAAGGGAGACACGGGGCCGCCCGGAUUGGUGGGAUCGCAAGGCGACAAGGGAGAGGUCGGGCAGAAGGGAGAGAAGGGAGACCGUGGCGAAAAGGGGGACAAGGGGAAAGAUGGCGAGGAGGGAAUGCCAGGUGACCCGGGGGACGAUGGGAAGGACGGCAAGCCUGGAUUUCCUGGCUUCCCAGGAGCACUGGGCCGCCCGGGAGCACCUGGAGACCUCGGCCCACCUGGUCCUGCAGGUCCUGCAGGUAUUGCAGGUCCCCCCGGUCCCCCUGGGCCAAAGGGAGCGAGUGGCCCUCAAGGAUUAACAACAGUGGGCCCACCUGGCCCACAGGGCGGCAGGGGUCCUCUCGGCUCCCCCGGGCCACCCGGCCCCCCUGGUCCUUCGGGUCCUCCCGGUCUCACAGGAAGAGAGGGAGAACCCGGAAAGCCAGGAUCUCCUGGAAGAGACGGCGUUCCCGGAGUGAGAGGAGAAGACGGGACGCCCGGAACGAUGGGCCCUCCUGGUCCCACUGGUCUCGCCGGAUUCAAAGGAGAACCCGGCUUCACUGGCCCUCCCGGUGUGUCUGUACCUGGAACGAUUGGACCUAAGGGAGACAAGGGGGAGCCAGGUGAUGUGGCUUUUGGGCCAACAGGGAUGAGAGGAGAGAAGGGCGAGCGGGGAGAAAAGGGAGACAAGGGACCGGAGGGAUUCAAAGGCGAUAAGGGUGAUGAUGGCGAAAAAGGAGAUCCAGGAGAAUCGGGAUUCAAAGGCCAACCGGGACAAAAGGGCGACAAGGGCGAGCCAUCUAUAGGAAUUCCCGGACCCAGUGGGCAACCUGGAUUCCCAGGGCAGAAGGGAGAAUCGGGUCCACCUGGCCUCCCCGGGGCCCCAGGUCCCCAAGGGAUCCAGGGAAAUUCCGGCCUUGCCGGGAUCCGUGGAGAGACUGGCGCACCGGGCCAGCUCGGUCCUCCGGGAGAGAAGGGUCCCCUUGGAUUUUCUGGCAGGGAUGGUGACAUGGGCCCGUCCGGCCCUCCUGGGCCCAUAGGGCCUCCGGGCCUUGCGGGCUCCAGGGGAGACAAGGGGGACAAGGGAGAGACUGGGGUAGGAACACCUGGACUGAGAGGAGAGAGAGGUGAACCUGGAAUUCGGGGAGAAGACGGAAGACCCGGAUUAGUCGGUCCCAAAGGUUCCAUGGGUCUCCCUGGUCUCUCCGGAGACAUUGGAACGAAGGGUGACGCUGGAAGUCCUGGGUCUAAAGGUGACAAGGGAAACUCAGUGGGUGUUGAAGGACUGCCCGGAGCGAGAGGCAACAAAGGAGAGCCAGGUGAACGUGGCUUCAAGGGGCUGGAUGGAGAGAGUGGAUUGAAAGGUGACUCUGGGAUGCCAGGGCAGAAGGGUGACAAAGGGGAACCGGGUCUACAGGGGUCAGUGGGAAUUUCCGGACCUAGAGGCCCACUGGGAGAGAAGGGUGAGCCAGGUGAAGUGGGCCUUCCAGGAGACCCGGGAGAGGACGGGAGGUACGGCAUCAACGGAACGAAGGGGGACAAGGGGGAGCGAGGCUUCCGUGGCCCAAAGGGCGACGUGGGCCUCAUGGGCGAAAAGGGGAAAUGUGGCAAUGAUGGAGUUAAAGGCGACAAGGGCAACUCGGGCCUUCCUGGGAGGAUGGGACUCCCUGGACCACGUGCUGACAGGGGGGAAUCGGGAGUCUCUGGAGCUCCUGGACAGCCCGGGUUGGAAGGAUUGCCGGGAGCGAAGGGAGACCGCGGUCGCGAUGGAGCACAAGGGUCGCAGGGCGAUCGUGGAGAAAAGGGCGACCGUGGUAUCAUUGGCAUGUCCGGGGCACCUGGGCCAAAAGGUUCGGAGGGACAGCCUGGCCCAUCUGGCCCCCCUGGGCCUCCCGGGCUCCGUGGCCUUGAAGGAAUUCAAGGCCAGAAGGGUGAUCGGGGUCCGGCUGGACAGGGGAUGAGUGGCCCUCGUGGUGUCCCUGGAGUUCCUGGUGAGAGGGGAGACCCUGGAGAUUUUGGAGUGGACGGCUCGAAGGGGGACAAGGGUGACGCUGGGCUAAACGAAUUGGCAAUUCGAGUUUUUAUUCGCCAGGAGAUGGGCAAGCAUUGCGCUUGCGGAGUGGCUGUUGCACGAGGAGACAACAUUGACUCCCUUGCGAACAACAUAAGCCCUAUGUCGAAGAACAACAAGCAUUCGGACUACGAGGACACGCUCGUCGAGGAGGACAGCUGGGACGACUCGGACAUGGAUUACGACUACGAAGCGGAAAAGACGACCCAGACGCCUCGAAGACUCAAGAGGGAGUCGAUCGACGUGGAAGGAGGCCCCUGCUCGCUGCCCCUAGAGGAGGGCAGCUGCUCGCGCUACACGAUGCGCUGGUACCACCACGGAGAGUCCGGCCAGUGCCGACCCUUCAUCUACAGCGGCUGCGGCGGCAACAGCAACAGCUUCCUCAGCCGCCAGCAGUGCCGAGAUCGGUGCUCACCCCCCGGCACCGACCAGCACGAGGUGGCGCAACCUGAAGAAGAUGAACGUCUGUCACCAUGACGACCUGGAAGAUGAUGUCGGAGAAAUUGUUACUUGUAGAACAUUAAUAACCACUUACUGCAUGGGUGUAAGAUUGUUGUCAAUGUUUUACAUUUAUAUAUAUAUAUAUAUAUUUGCAUAUAUGGGCUGUGUAUAUCAAUAUAUGGGCUGUGUAUAUCAAUAUAUGAGCUGUGUAUAUCAAUAUAUGGGCUGUGUACAUAUAGCAAUAUAUGGGCUGUGUAUAUCAAUAUAUGGGCUGUGUAUAUCAAUAUAUGGGCUGUGUAUAUCAAUAUAUGAUGUUUUUUGUCAGUAUACAACAUCCCAAUAGUGCUAUAAGGGACACGGACAUUCAAGUGUCGUUAUACCACGAGAAUAAAGAUUUAUUUUGUUUAAUGUUAACGGAAACACUUGUCCAUAAAUGUGUCGUUAAACCCGCCACCACCCGACACAGCCAACUAGAAAGGUUUGUCACGUAAAGAGAACAUGCCAAUU